AUGCUGGUCGGCCUGAUAGAGGGAACAAAGGUUAACUGGGCAAAAGCGGUGUUCCACAACUUAAUGGACAUGCCGGCCCCCGGUUCCACAGGUGGCCGAAAGAAGGCAACCGGCAAGAAAGCGGCCCCAGCCAAAGAAAAGGCCGAAAGCAAAGGAAAAGAGAAAGUCACUUUCUCGGAACCGCCGCAGCAAACGGAGGAUGAAGAAUCGGCUUCCCACUCUGAAAGAACCGAUACAGAAAAGACCGAUGAUGAAAGAUCGGCCAAUGAAGAAGAGCAUUCGGGCCAGAGCCCCGAUAAUGCCGGACCUGACACCAACCCUGAGACCACCGAGGGUGGUGAAGAGGGUGGUGAAGAGGAUGGUGAAGAAGGUGGUGAAGAAGCCGGUGAUGAAGGCGGCGACAAAGAUAAUGAGGAGGCCGAAGAAGUAGAGGCCGAUAGGGUAACUCUGAAACUCCUAAAGGGCGCCAAACAGCGAGCCGAGACAAUUGAGGAGUUAUACCUGGAAUGGCACGAGCAUCGAUUCGGCGAGCCGUAUAGGCAAAUCCUACCGGGCUACAAAGACGUGGAAUGCAUCCAUAGACUGAAGGAAGUGGAGGACGUGAUCAUGAAUCUCACAAAAUCCAAUACAAUUGAAGAGGUAUUACACCGAACCUACCUCUUAAAACCACAGGUACAACUACGGAAGCUAACCACACGCAUCCGGAAGAUUACGGAGAAGUUCGAAGAGGUGGGACCGGAAGACACCUUAACACCGCGGGUGUUAGAAAGGCUUGAAAAAGCAAAAGGAGACCUUAUUCAAGAAAUUGACCGGCUGGAGGCAAUGUACAGUCAAAGGGAAAUACCGGUCUAUACUGCUCCCCGGAUCGAAACGAGUCCGGAUCACUGUCCAACACCUCUAAGGGAGAAUGCGGCAUCAAAAGAAUCCGAUGAAAGGGCGGAUCCUCUUCUCACCGGGCAAUCUCCACUUACACAACCGGAAGUCUCCGAAUCAGACUUCACAAAGGAAUGGGUUGAGAGCCGUCUUCAAAGGUUUGAAGACUCAAUAACAGAACGGGUUGAUAGCCGUAUUCAAGAGUUUGAAGACUCCGCGGUUCAGCCAUUGAGGGAGAGAUUCCAGAGAACCGUUGGCUCGGCACUCAAGUUCGCCAACACCACAUGGCAACAUUUGGAGGGAACGAAAGAACGGUUCUCAGAAAUCGAUGAAGAUCAACAGGAAGAGGCGGUUCUGCGCAGCAAACACCUAAAGCGAACCAUGAUUUUGGAAGAUACGACUUCCGAGAUAAAACAGGACUUUGGCCGGCUUGAAAGAGAGACCGAUCAACGAUUGGCGGAGGUUGCUGAGGACCUGGCGCUUUCCAAACAAGUUGCCGAACUGCUGAGGGCUAAGAUAAAUGCGGAUGUCGCGGCUGUAGAGGCUGAUGCCCAAGCGGCUAAGAAGGUCCAGGAUGAGCUGGACGCCGAAGCAAGUAAAGAGAAGGAGGCACCGCGAUCAUCCCUACUUACCGAAGAAGAAGAGGACGCCGAGCGACUUCGAAGGGCAGAGGCCAAGUUCCCGGGACUUACAAAGAAAGCAGUCGCUCAAGCUGCGAAGGAUGCUGCGCGAUUAGAAAAGGGAAAGACGGAGUCUGGAAGGCUUCGCAGACGACAACAAAAAGAAAAAGGCGGCCUCUUCUGUUUCAGUUCCGACAAAGCGAAAGAGGGAACCUUCAAAGAAAGUUCAAAUAGCCGACCUGCUCAAUGA